GCCCCCUCCAGGCCUCCACCCCACCUCCAUCAGUCCCUCUCCCUUCCCGUCUGGGUCUGGCCGUCUCGCUUCCCCCACCUCCCCCCCCCCCCCCCCCAGAUCUCCAAGGCCAGGAGCCCCCCCGAGACCCUCUCGCUCCCGCAGCGAUGUCGGCGAGCAGCACGCCGGUGGACGCCUCGGGGGAGCCGAUCCCGACGUCGUCGGUGCUGAUGGCAGCGUCCAAGCACAUCGCGGUCCGGUGUCGGCCGGAGAACGUCGCCUUCCUCAACUGCAAGAAGAAGGAUCCCAACCCCGAGAAGUGCCUCGAGAAGGGGCGCCAGGUCACGCGCUGCGUCCUCAGCCUGUUGAAAGAUCUUCACCAAAAGUGUCCCAAGGAGAUGGACGACUAUGCUGGUUGCAUGUAUUACUACACCAACGAAUUCGACUUCUGUCGUAAGGAGCAGCAAGCUUUUGAAGAAGCCUGUCCCAUUUCUGAGUAGAUCCUCCGGAAUUUUACUUCCAGCGAUCUUCACAAAUAAGGAGAAAAGCCGACAAACCUAGCUCAUGAUCUUCCAUGUUUGUUGUCCUCAUGGAAUUUUUAUGGGUGAGUAGCACGGCCUCGAGCUCUUCUACCCACACGUCUUUCGCACCCAAGGUUUUCACCAAUCAAUAGACAUGUUUGAGUUGGAUGCCAAACUUUGAAUUGACUCAGCCGCAGUCCAUAAGAUGACCAUGAUGAUGGUUUUUCUCU